GCGAUGGCCCGCGGGGCCAGUACCAUCAAAUCCAUCUCGGCCAUUACCAACCAUCUCCCAAUGCAGAAAUUGAACAUAUAUGCAUUUGGUACUGGUAACGAUACCAAGCUGGGCCUUGGGCCAGAGGUUAAUGUAAAGGUUGUCAAGCGUCCCAGAUUGAAUGCCCAUCUCCUCCCCGAUAAGGUGGGAAUAGUUGCCAUUACAAUUGGUGGUCUGCACGGCUUAGCCUUAUUGUACGAGGGGAAGGUGUACUCUUGGGGUGCCAAUGAUCACUAUGCUCUUGGGAGAGUGAUCACGCAUACACCUCUGACCCGGAUCGUGUGUUCCGGCGAUGAUGGUGACAGCAAUGGUGACGACGAGGUGCCCUUGAAUCCAUUGGAGAGCACACCAAUGCUGAUUACAGUGUCCCCGGAGGUGACUGUGAUUCCGAGUAUUGCUGCCAGUGACAGUAUUUUGAUCGCUGUUACUGACACCGGUAGGCUUUACGGAUGGGGAACAUUUAGGGUAUGUGAUUAAUUCUUCAUUCGGGGUUAGUAUGGUUAACUUAAUUCUUAGUACGCUGACGGCAUUCUCUGAUUCAAGGAGAGGACUAGUGUAAAGGAGGUUCCAGUCCUGCUACCUACGCCCCAGAGCAUCAUUCAGGUCAGUAUAGGUACUGAUCACGUCCUUGGCCUUACCAAGGAAGGAGACAUGUACGCAUGGGGCAACGGUUAGCAAUCCUAGCUCGGAAGGCGUGUCUCUGAGAGAUGUUGCCUCACCGGGCUGACCCCUUACCAGGUGUCCCUUCCCCGGUGCCAGGUCAAGUACGUUGUGACUGGCUCAUAUCAUUCUUUCGCAAUUACCAGGGACGGCAGUGUCUGGGCAUGGGGGCUCAAUCAAUAUGGGCAAUGCGGGAUAUAUGAGCCUCAGCACACCAGGGAGGAUAGUACUGUGAUUCGCGUUUCUACCGUCGUCCAGCGUCUUGCAGGGUACGCAAUCGUUCAGAUAUCCGCCAGAGAACAUCACUCAACCGCCCUGACCGAGAGUGGUGAGCUCCUGGUCUGGGGGCGUCUUGACGGUGGACAGCUCGGUAUGGACCCUGCUGCGCUUUCAGCGGACGAUUGUGUCUGUGACGCGAGGGGCAGCCCCCGCUACCUCAGGACCCCACAUGCUGUCCCCGGUAUUAGGUUCUCCACCAUUGGUUGCGGCACGGACCACAAUAUUGCCGUCUCGAUGGAGGGAGAAGCAUACUCUUGGGGCUUCAAUGGUAGUUAUCAAACCGGCCUAGGUCCCGAUGCCAGUGACGAGAUUAUGACCCCUACAAAGAUUGAAAACACGGCUACCAGAGGUGUCCGGAUGACAUUCACCGCUGCUGGUGGUCAGUUCUCUAUUCUCGCUAGUGUUCCCCCAGAU